GGCCCAACAAAAUCAUAUGCCAUUCGAUCGCCCGUCAACCGAUCGCCGAUCUGAUCUUCGCCGAAGUCAUUCGAAUCGCCACCGCUCUCCGCCGUCUGCAACAGCACUCUGGCUAAAUUCAGUCGAUAGUGUUUAAAGAGCCGGCCGGUGCACAAGGCAUCCCGCGUUCACGCAGGCUCCAGGAUAGUGUUUGAAAAGGUAAAAUUCUACGAACUUGGUGUUAAGGUGACAAACAAAGAGCAUGCUUUCGGGAUUGAAGUUCGUACCACGCGAGCAGGUAGAAAAGGCAAAGGAUGAAAGCUUGGAUGAUUCUCGAAAACAGAGGAGUAAAUCUGGUCAUAAGAAGGAAAGGGAGAGAAAGAAAAAGAAAAAAUUUCGUUCCACUAGUUCAGAAGAUGACGACGUUGAAAAAAUAAGAGCGAGGUCAAAGAAAAAGAAAUGGUAUGCCUCAGAUGACGAUUUGUCCUCGUAUUCAGAUGGAAGUGGGAGUGAGAGUUCUUCUGAUUAUGAGAGAAAGAGUAGUAGUAGGAAGACAAGUAAGAAGAGAAGAAGCAAGGAUGGAAAAAGUAAAGAAAGAAGCAGAAGAUCUUCAUCUGAGUCUGAAAGUGAAAAAAGGAAAAGAAGUAAGAAAGAUAGACAAAUUCGGAACGAGGAUGAUGAACUGGAAGAUAACUUGCUUGAUAAUGACACUGGUGGAUCUAAGUCGCGUAAUGAUCAUGAACUUGUGAGAAGAGAAAUGGGGUUGGAUUGGAUGCUGCGGCCAAAAGACAAUGUGGAUAAGAUUCCCGAACCAGCUUCUAACUGUUCAGCCGAGGAGACUCCAGCCGAAGAGGUGCCAAAAGUAAAUCCCAGAGAACUGAACCCAUAUUUGAAGGAUGGUGGAGGUGGUUAUCCUGAUGAUUCAAAAGGAACAAAUACUGGUGGUAGCCAACUUCUGUCUACUGCUGUUAUUGGUGAUGGAGGUGCAAGUUGGAGGCUCAAAGCCUUGAGACGAGCUCAAGAACAAGCAGAUCGUGAAGGACGGAAGCUUGAUGAGGUGGCAGCAGAACGCUGGGGCUCACUUAGUCAGCUUGCUGUUUCUGUGGCUUCUGGUAAAGCUGCACCUACCCGUGCUCAUCUACAUGCUAUCAACGAUAGGAGGCGAGGGGUAAUGGAUGACAAAGAAGCUGUUGCAGACAAAAGAAAUCAGACUUAUGCUAAAAAGGACACAUCCUCUGGUCAUUCUAAAAUGCGAAUGCCCAACUCUAAAGAUUCUUUAUCAUGGCGCAAAGAGAAAAAUCAAAAUAUAUCCAAUGCGGAUGCGGGGCUUAUUGCCACUGCAAUUUCUAGUGUAAAUAAAUUUUCCAACGACGGAAAUUUUAUGCGUGAAUUUAUGCAUGAAAAGAGUGGUGAUCCCAGUCUUGCUCGUGAUUCUUCAAAUCCAAGGUCAGGAGUCUCGGAAUCAAAACCAGAUUUACCAGUAUAUGAGAAAACAAGUGAAGAUGGAACAAAUAUCAAACCAGCCUUGACUGCAAAUCAAUUAGCUGCAAAAGUGAUGCAGCUUCGCAUGAGAGGGAUGCAUGAUGAAGCAGAAAAACUUCUGAAAGAAACAGAGGAGAUGAAAAUGAAACAAACUGCUAAUGAUGUGUCGAGCAGACCCACCGAUUCAUGGGAGCACAAGCAGCAUACUGAAUCUGCUGGCUCUUAUCCUUUAUUUAGAUAUGUGAUGCAUGACCUAUCUGCUCGGCAAAAGAAGAAAAUGGAGGAUGCUGAUAUGCAUCUUGCUCAGAAGAUAGCGCAAAACAAACAAUAUAGUACGUAUGGUCAGGCAGAUGAUGAGUAUGAUUAUGAUGAUGGGCCGAGGAGGAAGUCCCGGAAAAAAGUAGGAAUGGAGAAUCAGAAAUCUCUUGAGGUAGCUCAUCAUGCAAAGCGCGUUUUGACUCAGCAAGAGAGAUGCCAAUUCUGCUUUGAGAAUCCAACAAGACCAAAGCACUUGGUGGUUGCCAUUGCAAAUUUCACUUACUUAUCACUGCCAGUUUGGCAGCCGAUUGUCCCAGGUCAUUGCUGCAUCUUGACAAUGCAGCAUGAAUCAGCUACAAGAUCUUUGGAUGAUAAUGUCUGGGAGGAGUUUAGGAAUUUCAAGAAAUGCCUCAUAAUGAUGUUUGCAAAGCAGGAGAAGGAUCUUAUUUUUCUCGAGACUGUGAUGGGUUUGGCCCGGCAAAAGCGGCAUUGUUUGAUCGAGUGCAUUCCUAUGCCCAAGGAAGUUGCGAAGCAGGGACCUCUGUACUUUAAGAAGGCGAUUGAUGAAGCAGAAGAUGAAUGGAGUCAACACAAUGCUAAGAAGCUCAUAGAUACAAGUGUGAAAGGGUUGCGGUCCUCAAUUCCUAAGGAUUUUCCGUACUUCCACGUUGAAUUUGGCUUAAACAAGGGGUUCGUUCAUGUAAUUGACGAUGAGACACAGUUCAAUAGCAGCUUUGGCCUCAAUGUGGUAAGAGGAAUGUUGAAGUUGCCACCUGAAGACAUGCAUCAGCAGCGUCGGAAGCGUGAAUCAGUGGAGACACAGAGACAAGCUGUUGCUAGUUUUAUUCGAGAUUGGCAGCCUUUUGACUGGACUAAACAGCUCGACUGACAACACAUUAGAUGUAUGAUAUCUGUACUCUGGAUAUAAAUUUGUUAUCCACAUGUCGGUGUAGAUUGUGUUUGUAAAUGAGGUAGCGAGCGAGUAAUCAUACUCUCUCUAUCAAUAUUCUUGCGUGAUUGUAAUUUGGUUUUAAUCCUGGAAAUGUAAAUUCAUUGGAAUUUUUUAUCGCGGAAAGGAAAUGGAAACGAUAUGGUUAAAGCCUC